AUGGGCCGAGGACCCCCAGUCAUCGAUUUCGCCCCCUUAUUCGGGAAGGACAAGGCAGCAAAAUCAAAGCUCGAAGACGAGAUUCGCAAUGCUUGUCUAAACUACGGAUCCUUCCAAUUGCGUAACCAUGGCAUUCCCGAGAACCUUAGAAAGGAAAUACUGCGUCAAUCCAAGGUUUUCUUUAGUCUACGGGAUGAAGUAAAGGACAAAUACAACAAAGAUGUUGGCGAAUGCAACCGCGGCUAUGAACGGCUACGGUCUCAGAACUUUGAAAAGCUCACCAAGGGCGAUCUAAAAGAAGGUUAUUUCCUGGCACAAGACCUUCCCCUUGACGAUUCCUAUGUCCAGGCGAGGAAGUGGGCUCAAAGGCCGAAUAAAUAUCCCUCUGAGGUUAAGGACCCACAUUUAUGGAAGAAGACUGACCCUGAUGCCUCGGAGCUAGAACGAGGAAUCGGCGCUCACAUCGACUUCGGUGCCGUUACAAUUCUCCUUCAGGAUUCUACCGGGGGAUUACAAGUCCGAGACCGCAAAACAGGGGAGUGGGUUGAUGUUGAGCCGAUCCCAGAUGCUGUUGUUAUCAAUACUGGCAAUCUAAUGAUGUGUUGGACCAAUGACCGCUAUGUCUCAAAUCUACAUCGUGUUGUAAACAAGACCGGGACGGAAAGAUAUAGUGUGCCAUUCUUCUUCGAUGGCAACCCAGACUUCUUGGUCAAGUGUCUUGAUAGUUGCAUCGGGGAAGGUGGGGUGGCGAAACACGCUCCUCUCACAGUGUCAGAGUGGAUGGAGGGACGAUACGCGGAUACGUUUGGAGUGUCUAAGAAGAAGGCCGCUAUGGAAAUGGUGGAGGUUUAA